GCCGGACGACGUUUUGACUAUCUUUUUCACUGCAGAAGGCCUUUUCCAGACAUUCAAGACAAUGGUCGUGAUUCGGCCAAAUCACCGAGUCUCCGAGUCUCCUAUGCAGCCAUGGAGAGCCCAGCCCACACCAAGGCUUGUCAAGCGCCUGCCAGCAUGAGUGGGACUGGGUACCUGCCUGUAAUCCUAGAUGACGGCAUAGUCAAAGAAAUUAUGGAUUGCGAUCGCGAUCUUCAACGCGGCGCGCGCCGCCACGAAAGACUAUUAAUAUAGUUUGUGACAAAUAGGAGCGUUAUGCGCUGAAGAAGUAAGGAAGUCUGAUCACUCUGGCCUGCGGUCCGGCGACGCCUCGUCCUGCACCUCCGCCUCAGCCUGACAUGGAUCCCGACCUGAUUUCUCCUGGCUUAGCCAAUGCAGCAAACACCGGCCGCAAACUUCGGUUCUUCUCAUCGAACUCCUUCUCUCGCGCCAUCUGCAGUGGGAAGCAGGGGUGUAGGGCUAACGCGAAGUCUCGACCAGCCGUUGUCCAUGGCAGAAUUACUCAAUCGAGCGAAAUGAUUCAGAGCUGAAAAUUGAAGGGCAUGACUCGAUGGAUGAUGAAGGAACCGAACGAAAUCACGGGUGCAAACUGGUGAUCCCAUGUCAGUCCGAAUCGCAACAUUCAUCUCAAGAUCCGAGCCGAUAGGAUACCGGAGUCUGCAGAAGCGAUCAGUGCGAGACUCACCGAGCGAGCACCAGGUAAAAUCUGUCCUCGCCAGGUUCUCAAUCGGUCAAUGUUGUGCGCCCUUUGUCGACUCAUAAGCGGGAAUUCAUCGUCCAUCUGGUUCGAAAAGGCACGGAUACAACUUCUCCUUAAAUCCGGCACUUUUGUCAGGCAUCUUCCGUGGCGCGCGCCGACCACAUUGGCAGUCUUGGAGUGGAGGCGAAAGGACUGAUCAGAUCCAUAAUCAACAAGCGCUUACCAUGCAUGAGAGUCGCGCACUAACAUAGAUCGGAAAUUUAAAGCGACAAAGCGAUUGUUGCGUGGGAAGACAGGAUCGAUCGCCUAGGAGGUAACUGGGUUCUUGUUACACAGCAUAUCUCCUCGUGUUGGUCCGGGAUUUGCUCGAGGAGGUCAAUCGUCACACGCAAGACGCGAGCGGCCAGGAUUAUUGCCACUACCUCCGAACUCUGCAGAUAUACCCUCGCGUAGGGCCCAAAUACUCGCCGGCAAUAUGGCACUGGAACAACACGAAUCGGGAUCCAAGUCUGCCAACACGAGCUGAUGUUGGCAUCCUAUCUACUGAUGCGCACUUGGCUCCAGCAGCAGAGCAGGUAAGAUUUAGGGCUCAGCUACCGAGUUAGUAAGAGGAUGGAACAGCCAGACGUUCAAUCUUGUUGAUCUUCAUUGGCUCAAAAUGCGACGGAGGAACCACACCGUGGACCUAUAUCGGUACCUUCCUAUAGGUACCCAGCCGGGCGCCCGUCGGUUUUCACCCAAGCCCUGAAAAGGGGAUUUCGUAAUGAGUAUAUCCAGCGAACUGUCAAGGUUAUGUGAGUAGCAGGCCCCUUCGCAGAGUAUCCUUCGCUCCGCUAUAACUAGCGCAUUUGAACGCAAGAAAAACAAAUAACGUAAUAGCUACCGAGCAGGAAAAUCAAUCCGAAACCCGCAAACCAUCAAAGGGAGUUUCUCUCGUUAAAAGGCUUCAUUAUAGACCUUUCGCGGUAUGCAUCUAGGGUGAAAGUUGUAGCGGGCAGUGAUGGCGCUUCAAUUCCCUCUCUCCUUCUGCCAACGGGCGGACAACUCCCUCCGUCCAAUCCCACCCUUAUGCCGAGGAGGGUUUGACUUUUCUCUCCUUUUUGAGGAAGUCAUUCUGGGUGCUCUGCCUCUGGCUAUAAUUGUACUGAUUCUACCAUGGCGCUUAUGGCACCUGUUUCGGAAGCCUCGCAAGGUGGUACCGUCGACCUUGGAGUAUGCAAAACUGUCUCUAUGGGCUUGCCUGGGAAUCGUGCAGUUGGUCUUGACGACUCAAUGGGCUCGCCAAUCUAUUCCGCGUACCGAUGCUUCAAUACCGAUCAACGCUCUCCUCACCUUCGCUUCCUUUCUUCUCGGCCUUCUCUCCUACACCGAACACAACUUCUCCGUCACCCCAUCCUUCGUCCUCAACGUCUACCUCUUCAUCACCCUUCUCUUUGACAUUGCCAAAACAAGGACGCUCUGGCUUCGGCAACUUGGCGGGGUCAGCGAAACGAUUGCGAUUAUCACCUCCGUCGUCGUUGCCCUGAAGUCUUUCUUGCUUGUGCUUGAAGCUGUGGAAAAAAGGCCAAUCCUUCGUGAGGAAUACAGGGCGUAUCCACCUGAGGCUACUGCAGGAAUCUUCAAUAAAGCUCUCUUCUGGUGGUUGAAUCCUCUAUUUCAGCAGGGGCUUACACGGUCUCUUGUCGUUCAUGAUCUCUUUGUUCUCGACAAGCAACUAUCGUCGGAGCGGCUGCACUCGAGUCUGGAAACUUCAUGGAGUCAAGUCGCACAAAGCAGCUCAAAUACCUUUCUCCUUGUCACGUUCAAGACGUUCAAAUGGCAGAUUUGCGCAGCCCUUCCUCCGCGAGCCCUCCUCGCCGCCCUAAACUUCUGCCAACCCCUACUGUUACAUCGGUCACUUACGUUCUCGGUGGAGCCGGUGACCAACGAAACAAACAAUACAGGAUAUGGGUUGAUUGGAGCGUAUAUUUUAGUGUAUGCUGGAAUGGGGAUUACAAUGGGACAGCAACAACAUCUAACAUACCGCGCUAUAACAAUGAUUCGGGGAGCUAUAGUCUCAAUGGUCUACAAAAAGGCGUGCACACUGAAUCUCAAAGAUGCCGACCCGGCUGAAUCAGUUACCCUCAUGAGCGCAGAUAUUGAGCGCAUUGUGCAAGGCUUGCAAACCAUGCACGAGAUAUGGGCAAACGUUGCGGAAAUAGCUCUUGCAGUCUUUCUUUUGGAAAGAGAGUUAGGUAUAGCAUGUGUGGUUCCAGUCGGGGUGUCAGUGGUGGCCCUAGUAGGAUGCAUGAUAAUGAUGGGCUUGGUUGUCGCCAGGCAGGCAAUGUGGCUUGAAGCCAUUGAGCGGCGCAUAUCCGCGACUGCUUCAAUGCUGGGCUCCAUGAAAGGUAUCAAGAUGCUCGGCCUCCAGUCCUCUCUAUUGAGACUGGUCCACGGUCUGCGCAUAGAAGAAUUGGACAUUUCUAGGAAGUUUAGGAAGCUGCUGGUUUGGAAUAUGGCUUUUGCUUGGCUAACACGGAUCUUUGCGCCUAUAUUCGCCUUUGGCGCCUUUGUUGGAAUCCAGCACAAUAGAGGCAAUGAUUCUGCUUUGGAUACAACCGCGGUGUAUACCGCAUUAUCGCUAUUUGCGCUUCUGGCAGAUCCGCUUCUAUCACUCGUCAUGGCGUUAAUGGCAUUCGCCGGCGCUGUUGGCUCGUUCGCGAGAAUACAAAUGUUUCUGGAGAAAGACGGCCAUGUCGACUCAAGGAAUCAGAUGCUGAUCCACCCCUCUUAUUCUCUGAAGGCUCAGCAGUUCGCCUUUGUCGGGCACUCAGACGUUGCUCUCAGUGAAUCGGGCCGCUCUGAGACCUCAAAAGGCUCAUCAUCGCUACUUCCUACCCAUACGGUUGCAGUUCACAAUGGAACAUUCCGGUGGGACGUCAAGAAGGACGCGGAUGUCAAGAAUGUGACCACGACGAUCCCGACUGGGAGCUUUUCAAUGUUGAUUGGGCCGUCUGGCUGUGGCAAAUCAACCCUGCUUAAAGCUAUUCUCGGCGAGGUUCCCUGUUGUAAAGGAACCAUUCAGCUAUCGACUGAGAGCAUAGCCUACUGUGACCAGUCACCAUGGCAUAUGAACGGGACAGUCCAGGAGUGUAUAACGGGGAUGUCAGUCUUCGACAAAGCCUGGUAUACAUCCGUUAUAAAUGCCUGCGCUCUAGCCAAGGACUUUGAACAACUACCUCGCGGAGACGAGACUGUUAUUGGUAGUAAAGGGAUCUCGCUCAGUGGUGGACAAAGCCAACGAAUUGUGGGUCUUUCUCAUUCUCUCGGAUUUUCAGGAACUAACGUCCAGAGAGGCCAUCGCGAGAGCUAUUUAUGCCAGGAAAGAGUUUGUUGUCCUUGAUGAUGUGUUUAGUAGCCUUGAUACAGAAACGGAGAACCAUAUAUUUCUGCACCUGUUAGGAGACCAUGGCCUCCUACGGUCUCUGGGUACAACAGUACUGCUUGCCUCUUCUUCCGGUGAGUACUCAGAUUCAAUAGUCUGAACCUAUUACUGAUCAGUGAUCUGCAGUAAAACGAGUUCCUUUCGCGGACCAUAUUGUGGUUCUUGAUAAGCGUGGGUACAUCACUGAGCAGGGCAGCUUCUCGGCCCUCGACUCCGCCGGAGGUUAUAUCUCGAGUUUUGCGCUGGAGAGUUCCGACACAGAUGUCAAAAUUCACGAAAAGCUCAAAGCAGAUCCAGCGAUUGUAUCUGUCUACUCCCUGGAGAAAGACCUAGAGACAGAAUCAAGAAGCCAUAGGGGCGAGGGAGAUAUCGCCGUCUAUCUAUACUAUGUUCGCUCUAUAGGGUGGCUCUCGACCCUAUUUUUCGGCAUUGCAGUCACUGGUUUCGUAUUCUCGAUAUCUUUCCCAAGCAUCUGGGUGAAAUGGUGGGCUAGUUCCAACGAAACCCAUCCAGGCAGGGAUACCGGGUACUAUUUGGGAAUAUACGCGAUGCUUGGUGUAGUAGGAAUGCUUUGUUUGAUCGCCGGUGCAUGGCAAAUGAUCAUCACGAUGGUGCCGCGAUCGGGCGAAGUCUUUCAUAGGAAGCUUCUGAAGACG